UGAGGUAAAUAUAUAAUGGUGUUUUGUCUUAUGAAGAAAUCAAGUUCUGCUUUUCUGAGUCACUCUUUUUCUUUCAGAGAUUUUAGGAUGACAUGUUAAAAUGUACUUAUUGAAGAUGUAUUAUAGAAAGCAGUAAUAUAAUGGUCUUGCCUGAGCACAAAGGUGCAGUGAUUUAAUUAAAGGUGUGGUUUAAUUAAGGGUUUGAGUUUUAUAAAGCCUUGUUUGUCGGAACUGUUGGCACUGUGUAAACAUAAUAAAUUUAAGUGAACUUUGCACUUGUGCACCUGUAUGUUUAGGGAUAGAAUUAAUAGAAGCAUUUUAGAAUCAUAGAAUGAUUUAGGUUGGAAGGGACCUUAAAGAUCACCUAGUUCCAACCCCCCUGCCAUGGGCAGGGACACCUCCCACUAGACCAGGUUGCUCAAAACCCCAUCCAGCCUGGCCUUGAACCCUUCCAGGGAUGGGGCAGCCACAGUUUUUCUGGGCAGUCUGCCUCAUUUUAAGUUGUGUUUGUAUCCAAACUUCGUAACACGUCUUUAAACUAAGUCUUUAAACUAAAUCAGCACUCCUUUGUAAAAAACAGGCCUAAUCUAAGCGCAGCCAGUAUGCUUCAGUCCUGAGCCAGAAGGUACUGGGAAUAUAAACAGCAAUAAUCGCACCAUUUAGUCUGAACAUCAAACUGCUGUUGAUAAUGUUGAUAAAGUUGACUGUGGCUCUGCAUAACAUAGCUUUUAUAUGUUUGGUGGAACUUAGUUGGAUGGAGAUCAUGAUUGUAACCUCAAGUAUGAGAUUAAUAAUGCUGAGAUCUGUAAAAGUGAUCAAGCUGGGUAUUUAUGAACUGUAACUCAUAACUUUUUUGGUUUUUUUAGUUGCAGAUUGAAAUAUCAUGGACAGAAAAUAGUUUGGAUGAUGUGUUUUGCCAGUGUGUCGCUGCAGUUUUGGUUUUAACAAUGGAUAAGUGUAAGCACAUAGGACGUCUGCGACUGGCCCAAGAUCACUCCAUUCUGAAUCCUCAGAAGUGGCAUUGUGUGGACUGCAACACGACAGAAUCCGUGUGGGCCUGCCUCAGCUGCUCGCACGUGGCGUGUGGAAGAUACAUUGAAGAACAUGCACUAAAGCACUUUCAGGAGAGCGGUCACCCGGUGGCCUUGGAAGUAAACGAGCUGUAUGUUUUCUGUUAUCUCUGCGAUGAUUAUGUUCUUAAUGAUAACGCAACUGGUGAUUUGAAACUGUUGCGAAGCACAUUAAGUGCAAUCAAGAGUCAAAACUAUGAGUGCACUACUCGAAGUGGGAGGACUUUGCGUUCUAUGGGUACAAGUGAUGAUUCUUACCUUUCCCAUGGUGGUGCCCAAGCCUUGCUUCGGAAUGAAGAUCGCAUGUUCACAGCUCUCUGGCACCGACGGCGUGCGUUCCUGGGCAAAAUAUUCAGAUCAUGGUUUGAGUUGACACCUACUGGAAAAAAGAUUUUGGAAGAAGAAAGGCGUCGGGAAGAAGCAGAGGAAAGAAGGGCCAAGGCUAGGAAGAGAAGACAGGAGCGAAAGCGUGAGUUGAAAGCAGAGAUGGAAAAGAUGCCUCCAAGAAAGAGCAGUCGUUUACAAAAUCAGAUUAGAAUGUCCUCAGAAACAGCACCCUGCCUGCAAAAAACAUCACAGAGUAUCACGUCUGUGGCAGAGUCGAAAAAACCGUAUACCUCAGAUGAAGAAAGAUUGAAAAAAAUCAGUGACUCACCAAUUAAACGAAGGCCCACAGUGACUCCUGGGGUAACAGGACUGAGAAACCUGGGAAAUACAUGCUAUAUGAAUUCUAUCCUGCAGGUAUUAAGUCACUUACUUAUUUUUCGAGAAUGCUUUUUAAAGCUUGAUCUCAACCAAACUCAGGAACUGCUGGCAACAGCAACUAAUGGUAAAACUAGAUCUUCAUCUAAACACCUGUCAGUAGCUGCCUCAACAUUACAUGUGAAUGAGAACCAGGAGAAAGUAAGGGGAUCCUCUUCUGUGAGGCGGCCUAGUUUAUCCUCUGGAUUAAGUGGAGGAGCAUCAAAAAGUAGAAAUAUGGAACUUAUUCAGCCCAGGGAGCCCAGUUCAAAGCAUAUUUCUCUCUGUCAUGAGCUGCAUACUCUGUUUCAAGUUAUGUGGUCUGGCAAAUGGGCACUGGUGUCUCCUUUUGCCAUGCUUCAUUCUGUGUGGAGACUAAUUCCAGCCUUCAGAGGAUAUGCCCAACAAGACGCUCAGGAAUUUCUCUGUGAACUUUUGGAUAAAGUGCAGCAGGAAUUGGAGACUACGGGGGCCAGAUACCCAGCUCUCAUCCCUGCUUCUCAAAGAAAACUUAUAAAACAGGUUUUGAAUGUGGUUAACAACAUUUUUCAUGGACAGCUACUAAGUCAGGUUACAUGUCUUGCCUGUGACAAUAAAUCAAAUACCAUAGAACCUUUCUGGGACCUAUCCCUGGAGUUUCCUGAGAGGUAUCACUGCAACGGCAAGGAGAUGUCGUCUCAGUAUCCAUGUCUGCUGACAGAAAUGCUGGCCAAGUUUACAGAAACUGAAGCUUUGGAAGGAAAGAUAUAUGCAUGUGAUCAGUGCAACAUUAUACUCACAGAAGCUCAGAAGCAGCUUAUGGUGUGUCGGCUACCUCAGGUUCUCAGAUUACAUCUUAAACGGUUUAGGUGGUCGGGACGCAAUCAUCGUGAGAAGAUUGGCGUACAUGUUAAUUUUGAUCAAAUACUGAACAUGGAACCUUACUGCUGCAGAGAAUCCCUCAAGUCCCUCCUACCUGACUGCUUUAUCUAUGACUUGUCUGCUGUGGUGAUGCAUCACGGGAAGGGCUUUGGCUCAGGGCACUACACUGCCUACUGCUACAACUCAGAAGGAGGAUUUUGGGUACACUGCAAUGAUUCAAAACUCAACAUGUGCACUAUGGAAGAAGUAUGCAGGGCUCAAGCUUACAUUUUGUUUUACAGCCAACGACUUACUCAGGCAAACGGACGUGGCAAAAUACCAUGUCCCAGCACAGCUGAAAGUCAGGAGCACACAAAAUUAGCUGACUGUUCCAUGGACGACAGUAGCAGCUAAUCCAAAGCCAGUUAACUGCGUGUGGUAAAAGUUUGAAUUGUCAUAACUAUAUAUUUUUAAAUGAAAAGUACAGUAUUGUACUUUUUUUACUUUGAAUCAGUGUACAAUGUUUAUAUACUUUUGUAUUAGUUAAAGUACUCUUUACAAUUGUUAGUAAAAGUUUUUAUUGACAGUAAGUAACCUAGAAUUUCAAUACAGCUAUUUUUUUAAGAAAAAGAUUGCUAUUUGCAUUUAACUCUUACCUCAGGCUGUUUUUUAAAGCUGGUUUUGUAUUUUGAUAAUCUUUUUGAAUUGGUUUAGAAAAAUGACUUUCGAUGGGCAACUGAUGUUUCUCUGGUUAAUUUUCUAUAUAUGCUUCUGUACAUUUUAUAGUAUAGUUUUAAUGAUAUCAUGAUUCUUACUGUCUGCAAGAAUUGCUACUAGGUCUUAGAAUAUUAACAUUCACCAGCAAGGAAUGUUUUACAUGUCAAAUAGCAACAGAAGUUCUUGUAGGAAACUUUCUGUAUAUUCUUCACGACUAAAGUGAAAUUAUUUUGCAAGCUUCAAGGGAGCUACACUAAAGAUACAUUGAUAGAAUUUCUUACAAUCUGAAAUGGAGCAAGUGGAGCAUGUACUUGCAAGUAUGUAAGAGGAGUGUAUAAAAACACAAGACUCUCUUUACCAAGACUUCCAUGUUUUAGCCUUAACAAGUCUGACAACUUAAAACUCAAGUGCCAAAUUCAAAGUACUAACUUUGACAAUGUGGGGCUUUUUAUUCCAAAACUUAAAAAGCUUUCUUAAAAUACAGCCCCUUAACAAAAACACACUCACCCACCCCACUGUCAUUGCUACAAGAAAGAACAUUAGCACCCCCUUACUUGCAUUGGGCAAACUUAAAUCGUAGCUGGUGUCAUCUGUUUCAGUAAUCUCUAACAUAAACCACUGAAAAGAAGCUGUAAAACUUGUAUGAAAGCAUGUUUCAAUCUGCCUGGUUUCCUUACCUCCAGCUGCUGGACCUUCUCCACGGUCCCCGCCACUAGCGAUAACAGAACUGUGCAUUGAGGAGGAUCUAACAAGCAGGAAUUAUCAGUCUCCACAUAUUGUAGUUGAUGCCAAGUAAAUUUUAAUUGUGAAGUUAUUUUGCAUAAGUCUUAUGCAAAUUGUUACCUCAUCUUCUGCAAAGUUUAUACCUCAAUAAAUGGACAGAAAACCACGUGUA